AUGGAUUAUCAGAAAUUAUUUAGUGUGAUUCCCAAAGAACCUCGCAGAUGGACUCAAUGUGAUGUUGAAUCGUGGUUGGAAUUUAUUGGGUUACAGGAUUUAUCAGAUGUUUUUUAAAGAAAUGCAAUUGAUGGGGCUUGUUUGGAAGUAUUAAAUGAUGACGAUUUGAAUGAAUUGGGAAUCAGUUCAAAUGUGAAAAAGAAGAAGAUUUUAUAAUGGAUUCAAAAUGGAUUCAUCGAAUAUAAAUAAUUUGUUAGAAAUAAUGUCGGUUAAAGUGAAUGGUCAAUUGCAAGCAAACAGAUUGUAAACAAGGAAAAUCUUGACUAUACUCCAAUCUAAAGAUUGAAUGACUUCAAACCAAGAAGAGAUAGCUUCCAAGAUAAUCACAAGGUUGAAUUGGUAGAAUCAAUGAAAGUAGUCGAAGCCCCUCAGAUAUUAAAGUAGCCAAAACAAAAUCUAGAAGCCACUAAGAUUCCAUCCUACCCAAACCAAAUUAAGUAGACAGAAUCCAUGCAUACUAUGGAACUGGUUUGCAUAGGUGAUAAUUAGAAAGUGAGUGUGUCAGAAAAGGGACUUAGUAUAGGAAGAAACCCAGAGAAUACUUUAGUGUUGGGUGAAGAUUAUGUGAGUAGAAAUCAUUGUCAGAUUGAAUUUGAUCAGAAGACAAAGAACUUUUAUUUGAAAGAUACUGGUAGCACUUCUGGGACUUUCGUAUUGUUGAUGCAACCUUCAUUGAUGAGAUUGGGAUUGAUCUUACAUAUGGGAAGCAUGCAAUACAAAAUAGAGUAGAUGAAUGGCAGUAAUCAAUAAUGCGAUGUUGUAUUGAGAGUGAUUGAGGGAGUACAGAAGAAUUAAAAGUUCUCGUUCUAAUUAGUUAAGAAUCAGAAUUGUCUGAAGUUUGGCAGAUAGUUAGAUCAAUUUAGGAUGGAUACGCAUUUGUCUGGUGUUCAUGCCUAAUUUAGUUACACGAAUGAUGGGUUGAUUUUGGAAGACAUGGGUAGUAGAAAUGGAGUUUGGGUUAGAUUGAGUGAACAAGGGCAGUGUAGUGAGAGAGUAAAGUUAACGUAAGAUAGACAAUUUAGACUUGGGUAUGAGAAAAUUUAUUUGUCCAAUUCAGCGAUUUCUAUCAAAUUAGUCAUUGUGGGUGAUGGUAGUGUUGGGAAGACAUGCAUAUUGAUAAGAUACACUGAGGACAAAUUUCCGACUGAUUAUGUACCAACUAUUUUUGAGAAUUAUUGUGCAUAAGUGUUAUAUGAGAACAAAAUGGUAAACCUUAAUUUAUGGGAUACAGCAGGACAAGAGGAAUAUAAAUAAUUGAGAUCUAUCAGUUAUCCUUAAAGCGAUGUGUUUUUAAUUACAUUUUCAGUAGAUGAGCCAAGUUCAUUUUAAAAUGCGAUUAAAAAAUGGUAUCCUGAAUUGCAAGCAGAUCAACCUAAUGCUCCCAAGAUAUUUAUAGGAAAUAAAAUUGAUAUGAGACCAACAGAAAAUGUUAAUGAGAAUAAAUUUGUUACCUUUAACAUAGCCUAAAAAGUGGUUUCAGAUCUGGGAUGCAAGUACAUUGAAUGCAGUGCACUUAAUGGAACCAAUAUAAAAUAAAUAUUUUUAGAAGCCAUUAAACAAGCCAUGAAAAAGAAAUUCCCACAAUAAACAUCUCAAACUUCAGGACCAGCUAAGACUUAAACUGGAACUCAAAGAAAGAGUAAUUCGAAUGACAAUGCUGAUGCAAGCGGAAAAUGUUCAAUUUAAUGA